UCCGCACCCCGCGCGCCGCCACCCCCGACGGCGCACGUCACACUCGACACCCGCGACACCCUCGGCACCCGAGCCGAGCCGCGCCGACCACCACACCGCGACGCGCACCAUCACCCCCGUGACUGUUUACUGUGAACCCCAUCAAGAUAUAGCUCCAGGAACCACCCAGUGUCGCAAUUUGUGCUAAAUCAGUAUCUGGUGAAAACAAACACAUCACACGGCAUUAGCGCAGGCGCGCCACUAGCGGACAUGAUGAGAGCGGCCAUCUUGGCCGAGGACGCACUUUCGCCUCGCCCCAGCUUCAAAGCUAGUUUCGAAAGGUCCAUAUAAGCUUCAAGGAACGAGCGAUGCGUCGUGGAACUGGACCCGCGGCGUGCGCCCUCUGAGGCCGCCCCGCGCCGCUAUCGAUCCGGUAGCGUCAUGGCGCCCGCGGAGUGAAUGCGGACAUCGGGACAGCGCCGCAGCCCCCGAACGCGAGCGGAGCGCCCGCCCAGUGAUAGUGCUAGAGUGGUCGCGCGGCAUGUGAGACAGAGUGUUGGCGUGGUUGGGAGGGCGCGCGGGCGGCGGCGGGCCCGGCUGACCGCGCGCCAUGGGCGAGGAGUACGCGCGCUCACCGUGCGAGCGCUUCCCGGCGACGGGCGCGUUCAGCGUGGCGCCGCCGGAGAGGCUCAGCCCGCCGCCGCCCGCGCCGCUGCCGGAUCGGUUCUCGGCAUCCCCGCGGCGGGUGCGCCGCUGUGCAGAGGCGGAGCGCGCGCGGCGGCCCCGAUAUGUGCCACCAGCAGCUCACGUGCCAGUGGAGCGCUACGUGCCGCGUCCGCCGGCGCCACUGCGGCCUCCACCACCGGUAUACUGCGGGCUGGCGUGCAGGCCGCCACCGCCAGCGCCGCGCAAGUGUUGUGGGCCAGCAUGUCGCGAGGAUAUCGCGGGCUCGCCGCCGCCGUCCCGCUACGUGGAGUACGUGGGCGCGGCGGCUGCUCGCCGGCUGGCCUGCACGCCGCCACCGCCACCACCACCUGCGCUGCAGCUGCCCUGCGAGCCACAGGAGCCCCCGUGCUGUGUACAGGCUCGCAGACGGCCGCAACCACCACAUGAUUGGUAUUAUCACUAUUUACAAUGGCGUUCAAGCGCGGGGCUACUGGCGCCGCAGCUGGCAUGCCAGUCAUCAUCACCAGCAGCGUCUGCGCCGGCGCCACCGCUCCCCGCGCCCACGUCACCACCCCGCGUCGUCUCCGCCCCGCCCGCGCCCACCCAACCACCCCCAGACCCCGCUCCCCAAGACCAGGAAGAUGGCGUCAGAUUACGGCGAACACAUACGGUUGCUGUACGAGACUACCUCAAGAGGGAAACGCAGACGUUUUUCGGCGUUCAGAGGGAUAAUGAGAGGGAACAAAGACGGCUGUGGUAUGAGAGGCGGAGGAGGCACGCGGCGCGGGCGCUCGGUGACCUCCGGCCCGACCUGCCACCGGACCAUCAUCCUGAUGAUGAUGAUAUUAGUAUGUACGGAGCAUCGGGCGCAGCACCAAGGGAGGCGCGGGGGCGUGCGCGGGAGCGGCCCGACGUGUUGCCUGCGCCGGCGCCGCUCGAGGAGCCCGCGCCGCCCUCCCUCCCGCGCCCGGGGAAGGACAGCGUGGCGAGGCUCACGCUUACCGGGCUUUCUUAUGUUGUUACUGCGGUGACGCGGCGCUCGCGUCAGUCGACGGCAGCGCAGUGGUCGAGAUCGUUCCGCGGCACUGCGUCCAUGCACGAUGAAGUUGACGUCGAUGACGUGUUCUUCGCACCAUCGACAUCCACCACGCCUCUGCAGCAUCACGACGAUGCUGAUACUGUUGACGGAUCUAAGGGGGCGAGAUCCCCAAUCGGUUCGACAAGCGUGGAGUACCGAAGGCCGGAGCGGAGCGUGUCCUGGGGCGCGGGGGGAGCGCGUAUCCACACACCGAUGUUGGAACCUCUGGCGGACAACUCUAACAGGCGACAAUUCGGGAUGGGCGUUGUUGGUAGAUUCUUUAGACGUUCGCUCCGCAAGUCGGUGGCACACCAAGAAGAGGUGGCGCGUCAGCUGGACGAGCUGACGGACUACCGACCUUACUUCACGUGGUGGGUGAGCACAGUGCAGACCUUAGUGCUGCUGCUCUCACUCCUUUGUUACGGGUUCGGGCCUGUCGGGUUCGGCAGGCACACACAUUCCGGACAAGUCUUGGUGAAGAGCUUGAGUUUACAGCAGGUUGAAUGGGAAGAACCAGCCUCAUUUUGGCUGGGACCUCGAGCAGCAGACUUAAUACAUUUAGGAGCUAAAUUCGCUCCAUGCAUGAGAAGGGACGCAAGGAUAGCGAGGGCAAUAGCAGCUUCAGCUAGGAGAGAAAGAGACACAGCAUGCUGCAUACGAAAUGAUGAUUCAGGAUGUGUGCAGUCCUCUAAGGCUGAUUGUUCGAUAAGAGGAUUAAUAUCAAAGAACACGAUCUCGACGUGGAAGAAAUGGUCAUCGGGAGAGUCGGGGCCUGGCGGUCGGAUAUCAGGGUCCGUUUGCGGAUUAGAUCCCAAGUUUUGCGAAGCACCACGUUCAAUAGCACCUCAUGAAUGGCCGGACGACAUCACGAAAUGGCCGAUCUGUCGCAAAUCAGUUCUAGACGGAUCUGCGGCCGCUGGUCGGGCCGGUCACGCAGCAGAACAUAUGGCCUGUGAAGUCAUUGGCCAUCCCUGCUGCAUAGGAGUCCACGGGCAAUGCGUCAUCACCACAAGAGAACACUGUGACUUUGUAAAGGGUUAUUUCCAUGAAGAAGCAUCAUUGUGUUCACAGGUGUCUUGUCUUGACGACGUCUGCGGUAUGCUGCCUUUCAUGCGGCGACGUCGACCAGACCAGCUGUACCGAGCGUGGACGUCUUUAUUCGUUCACGCUGGUCUACUGCACCUGGCAGCCACGCUGGCGCUGCAGUGGCUCUUCAUGAGGGACCUGGAAAAGAUGGCCGGGCCAGUUAGGAUAGCUGUCAUAUAUUUAGGAAGUGGGGUCGCCGGGAAUAUGGCAUCUGCCAUAUUUGAACCUUAUAGAGCGGAGGUGGGGCCAGCUGGAUCACAUUUCGGUUUACUGGCGUGUCUAAUAGUAGAAGUAAUAGGGGCAUGGCCUCUCCUGAGGCAUCCGAAACGAGCAAUUUUAAAACUAGUCGGUAUAGCCAUAGCGUUGUUCCUCCUGGGUCUUUUACCCUGGAUUGAUAACUUCGCGCACGUAUUCGGCUUCGUGUUCGGAUUCUUACUAGCGUAUGCGUUACUGCCAUUUAUAACCUUCGGUCCUUACGAAAGACGAAGAAAGAUCGCAUUAGUGUGGGUCUGUAUGGUGUCGGCGGGCGGGAUGUUGUGCGCGCUGGUCGCGUUGUUCUACGCGGCGCCGGCGUACGAGUGUGCAGCAUGUGCGUACUUCACGUGCUUACCGUUCGCGCCAGACAUGUGCGCGUCGCAGGACGUGCGCGUGCGUCAGCUGGACGGGGUAUGACGGCGCGCGGCCCGGGCGCCCCCGCCGCCGCCGCCCCCCCGCCCUGUGCGCCGCGCGCCCCCCGCGUGCGCCCGACCCGCGCCCCCUGCGUGCCCGCACGUCCCGCGCCGCGCUGUCGCCUAGCGCCUCACCCCCGCCGCCGCCCAGACCUCAAACCGUCACCUCGCUCUUACAGCGCUAUUACAGAAACUCAGCGCUCAUUUAACGCGCACUCCAAACAACCCCUCUUCACGCCAAUAAUCGUGCGCAAUAAGUAUAUACUGUUUACCUGCUAGGUAUAACUUGGUGGGGUCGAUACUGAAAACAAAAUCAGGCUUAUGAUAUCUAUAACACAAGUUAAAUAGGUGUAACCUAUUCGUUUUCCAACUUGAGUUUCUGUAUUGAGUGUGCUGUAUCGCUACUGCCCACUAGUACGAAUGUGUCGGUAUGAGAGUGAGCUCUAGUUACUACCUAGGCGAUCUUUUAAGAUUUUAUAAUCGUCGAACUAGAUUAUAAAAGUGUAUGCGAAUAUUCCAUCGAUUAUUUAAUUUAUCGAUAAAGACGUAUUGUUACGUGUUAAAAUUUGUUGUUUUAAUGGACUCACUGAUUUAUACUUGAAUUUCAAUAAGACGGUCGAAUUUAUUUCACAAGUUAUUUUUCCAAUACUAUAAAUAAUGUCAUUCUAAAAUGCUACGUUUUAAGUCUGAUUUUGUAAAAUAAUUGACAUGCGAUGUUCAUUGAUGGCUGCCGAUGUGCUUGUGAAAUUAAUUCGAUCGAAAUUGAAUUUCGAAUAAAAAAAAUAAAAUAAAAAAUAUUGUGCUAAAUCCACGGAUAUAGAACUUGCAAUGCGGACGCGACUUACUAAUGUAAAUAUUCUGUAAAAUAAAGUAUUAAUGAUACGGUGGUAAGUGAGUCGUACUAUGUGUGGUUACGUUUCGUUUGCGUGCGUCUUACGGGACCACUGUUACGUCACAUUGUACAUUACUAACUCUGUAUCUAUACACCACAUUUUUACGUAUGUACACAGAACUAAUCAUUACAUUUCGCACACAAAACAAUAGUCUCUUCUACAUUUCCUCUCCGCAAAUGUGACCUAAUGCGAUCCCGUAACAGUGUCAAAUAUACAUAAUUUAGUAUAUUACUAAAUAAUGUAAAUAUAAACAAAAAAAAAACACAUACUUUUCAUCUAUUCAGUUCACCGUAUAUGAACGAAUUCAGUCUAUGUGUAUAAGUAUUCUAAUGGAUUUUUGAUUUCGUCAAUUUAUAUAGCUGUAACAAGUCUGCGUAGUGUUACGUUUGUUUUUAUAUUAUUAUAUGCUAGUAUAUAUACUUAAUAUUUAUAUUUAGGGAUAUUUAUUUUACUACAAACAGGUUAGGAGACUUUAUCGUUCACUAUCAUUCAUACUUUACAUGUUUUAUUACGAAUUUACAUUUAAUACUAGUCACUAUGUUAAUUAUAAUAUUUUUUAGUUUAAAAACGUUGUAAAUAUAAUAUAUAUAAAUUUAAUCAAGCGAAAGUGGUGAUCAUUGUAAUUAAACAGUUAUUUUGCUAGGGAUUGUUAAUCGAGAUUGUGUGAGUGUGUGUGUGUUUGGAAAUUUUGUACUACUGCCAUAUUACCAUUGUAGAUAUUUAGGAGACUUAAGAAUAUGUUUUAACUCUUAAAUUGCGCACAUAGUUUAUUUCUAUGAAUGUAUCCGUUUGGCGACACUUAAGUGGCGUCCGUGGGCUAUUAGACCCACUUGAUGACUAUGACUAAUCUGUAUCCUUAGUACGAGUUUGUUUUACGUAUAAAUUAACCGCAACGAAAACACGCUUGGCGUUCUGAUUGGCCGGCUCAAAUAAACCAACCAAUCAGAGUGCCGAACGCGCUCUCGUUUCGAUUACUUUAAACGUAAAGUAGACUCGUACUAAGUGUACUGGUGACUGAUUAUCCUUAAACGCAAUUGCCACAUCACGACACUCCAGUAAUUCACACUACGUUUAAAUAAUUUGAGGAACAGAGGACUUACAGAAUUGAAUUAUCUUCUUGAAAAGCAAUUUGGACGACUUGAGUGUUGCUAAAUGGGUAUGAAAUUAUUAUAUUAUUAUGUAUUUUUGUAGAAAUUUUGAUUAAUUAUUGUCCUUUUUUACAUUUUGUGUAUGCAAUUUUGGUUUAUGUUAAACUAUCAAACUGAUAUUAAAAAUGUACUCUAUGCCCAAACGAUGAUUUUUUAAAGGUUGAAAUAGAAUCAUGUAUAUACAGAUACAUUAUAUGCAUUCUUGUUAUUGUACUAAAUCGGUUGAACCUGUAACAUUUUUUUUUAUCAAUGCUCAAAUUUUUAAUACCAUCAUUGGAUCGAUAAAAUGCAAUGAAAUUGCUAUUAUUUUAUGUCUAUUAUCUAUUUAAUAUACAAUUAUAUUUUAUUCAGCACAAACAAAAAAAAGAAUAAAAUGAAAUAUGAUAUUGUAAAAGUCUGAAAUGAACAUUCCAUUUAGCACAAUUAAUGAUUUAAUUACCCAUUAUAUAGGUAUCCUAUUAUAUAAUUUUUAUUAUUAUAUUAUAAUUUUAAGUAUCCAUUAUAGAGAAUACCUAUUAUUUUAGUUUAUUUUCUUCCUUAAUAAAAAUGUUUAAAGCGCUUACUGUCGCACUCAAAGACAUUUAAUGAUUACUUAAACUAUUCUUUAGUAACGAUUUUGUAUCGAAAACAAUUGCUAAGGACUGGGUUAAGUAACCAUUAAAUGAGUGAGUACAGAAUGCUAGUUAUAUAGGCACUUGUUUACUUCUUAUGAAUUAAUAUUAAUUAGUGUUUAAAGUGUUUGUUAACAGUAAAUAAGGCUUUUGGUGAAUUGUCAUUUAAGUUAUUUUGCUACUAUUGCAAAAUAUACUUAACUAACUUCACAAUAAAGUUCAUUUUACAGCACACAGACGCAUAAAUUUUGCUCAGACUCCAAUAAAUGUGCAAAAAGCAAUAAAAAUUUGUAAAAUAAUUGAAUGUCGAUGACAGUUGUGUGAAUAUUCUAUUAAGUGAAGAUAUUAAUUUAUUUUAAAAUGAUAAUUUUGUUAAAACAUAUAAAUAUUUUUAUACAAUAAUUCUAAACAUGGAGUAUGUAUUUUGAACUGUACAAAAUAUUGUAUCUGAUUCCAAUGGCAGUAUUUAUAAAAAAGCUAAGAACAUGGAUGCACAUUUAACACCAAAUUCUUUUAAGCAUAAUGUACUAAUAAGACGACUGUAAUAUUGUAUAACUAAAUAAAAUGCCAUUAUAUUGGAUUAAAAAUAUACAAAAGUUAUGUAAUGUGAGAAAAAUGUUGUUCAAAUCCUAAUUGAUUAUCAUUUGUCUUCUCGAUUCUGUCGGAAAAUACUGUCAAAACAAUGUGCCGUGACGCACGUUGAUUGGCUGCUUUUUGAAAUGCCGUAACGCUGAUUGGCGGAUUUUAUUGAGCAACCAAUAAGAGCGCGUUACGUCACGUCACAGGGGUUUUGACGGUACGUUUCCAGCUUAACUGAUUGUGUACUCUCUAUACCCAUUAUAUAGUUAUUGUACUAAUAUUAAUUAUCUCAGUUAUCAGCCAUGUUUUUUAUUGUAAAGUGUUUGACUGUGUGCGUGAAGUUCUCGAUUACUUUCUUUGAAAAUCUUACAGUGACGUUAUCUUAAAGUGCCCUUGAGCCCGGCGGCCCGGCGAACUAAUCUCAGAUUAAGACAAAAAAAACUUACAUACAUAAUUGUACAUUGUGAACAUACACCUAAUUAUUACUUAUAUGUUAAGUAUGGUAAAGUAAUCUUAUUGUAAACUAGUAUUAAUCGAACAAGAAACCUUAUUAUCAUAAUA